AAUGACCACCUCCCGCCGCUAGGGGGCAGAGCAAAGAAAGGUCGCCGCGUUAACCUCCGAGUUGCGUUUCAAGAACUGCUUCCGGCUUCUGUCUUCCUCUUUCCCUCUGCAUCGGGGCGCAGCCAUGGUGAACGUCCCGAAAACCCGCAGGACUUACUGCAAGAAGUGCAAGAAGCACCAGCCUCAUAAAGUUACCCAGUACAAGAAGGGGAAGGAUUCCCUCUAUGCACAGGGUAAGAGGAGAUACGACAGAAAGCAGAGUGGGUAUGGUGGGCAGACAAAGCCAAUUUUCCGCAAAAAGGCAAAGACCACAAAGAAAAUCGUGCUGAGGCUUGAGUGCGUGGAGCCCAACUGCAGAUCCAAGAGAAUGCUGGCCAUCAAGAGAUGCAAGCACUUCGAGUUGGGUGGUGACAAGAAGAGAAAGGGCCAGGUCAUCCAGUUCUAAGCUGUGGUCCGUUCUCAGGGAUGAAGUUGUCACCUUGUUUAAUAAAUGGUUGAAACGUA